AUGAUCAUCGCCAGCCCAACUACAAUGUCUUACGUCUGCUGUGAUAAAUUUACCGAGUUCCUCAAAGAACUACCCAAAUGUGAGCACCAUCUCCAUCUCGAGGGUACUUUAGAGCCCUCGCUUCUCUUUUCUUUGGCCAAAAGGAACAACAUUACCCUUCCCAGCCAUUUUCCUCCCUCAGUUGAAGCUUGCAAUGAAAGAUACAGUAACUUCGCUGACUUGCAGGAUUUCUUGGAUCAUUACUACAUCGGAAUGAGUGUUUUGAUCACUGAAGAGGACUUCUAUGAGUUGGCAAUGGAGUAUUUCGCAAAGGCUGCAAAAGACGGCUGUUUGCAUUCUGAAGUGUUCUUUGACCCCCAGGGCCAUGUUGAAAGGGGAAUCCAUGUGGAUACCGUUGUCAAUGGCUUCAACAGAGCUUGUAAAGAUGCAAAUGAAAAAUUCGGAACAACCAACAAAUUAAUCAUGUGUUUGCUUAGGCACUUACCUAGUGCUGCUGGUUUGGAAACAAUCCUGAGCGUCUCGCACCAUUUCGAGAAUGGCACCAUACAUGGAUUGGGACUCGACUCUUCUGAGAAACCAUUUCCACCAGAAUUAUUUGUAGAAUGUUAUGCAGCUGUCAAAUCUCGUCAUCCUGAGGUUGGCUUGACCGCACACGCUGGCGAGGAGGGAGAUCAUACUUUUGUCACAAACUCCUUGGACUUAUUAAAGGUUACUCGUAUUGAUCAUGGCGUGAACUCCAUUCAAAGCGAAGAUCUCAUGGCUCGUUUGGCAGAAAACCGCACUAUGUUAUCGAUGUGUCCUCUCUCCAAUGUGAAGUUGCAAGUUGUUUCAGAUGUUGCAGAAUUACCCAUUAGAUCAUUUUUCGAGAAAGAUGUGCCUUUCUCUAUCAACUCGGACGACCCAGCAUACUUUGGUGGCUACAUCCUAGACAACUAUUUGGCUGUGCAUACCCGAUUUGGGUUCACUGUCGCUGAUUGGAAGAAGAUUGCCAUCAAUGGUAUCAAUGGUUCCUGGUGUAGCGAAUCUAGAAAAUCGCAAUUGUUAGCUAAAGUUGAUGAGGUCUGCGACAAAUAUAGCUCUUUGUCUGUAAUCCCUGCCGUUCCUAUCUAA